AACUUUCCGAAGGAGACAGUGGAUGAAUUGAAGAAAUGGUUUGAAGAGCAUAUCAUGCACCCUUAUCCCGAUGAUUCAGACAAAGAGCUGCUCGCUGAGAAGACAGGCUUAACAACCGCUCAGCAGGUCAGCUACUGGUUUGUCAAUGCCCGAAAGCGGAUCUGG